ACGCAUGCAGUCAGCCGUGUCGCGGCGAAUCAGGAAUAAUUCGUGUGGGUGAUAGUAAAUGAGUCUACGCGCUAAUGAUCGGAGACCUUGCGAGUAUGCAAGGUGAUAGAUAGCGUGCGAAGGAUAGAGAGAAAGAGGACAAGCCGUGUGAAACAGCGGAAAAAGAGAGAAACAGGGCAAACGCGUUGAAAAGGUGGGGGAGUGAACGGUGUGUGUGUCCAGUGGAGGGCACUGUGCAGUGGCAUAGGACCACGGUGGUGGCGGUGGGUGAUUCAGACUCUUUAUCAACCUCGAAUAUUCGUGGAGCACUACGGGAAGUGAUUUCUCGACAUCGGGCCGUCGAUUACACGUACGAAAUGAGGUGCCAUUGAUAAAACUUCGAAGCGCCGCGUGGUUCCGCCUCCGCCGUGCCCGAACGCGGCACAUCACGGACGUGUGGAUAAAGCGGCGCCAUAUAUAUGUACAUACAUACCCAUAGGAUAUAUAUAUAUAUAUACGAUAUAUAAUCGUAUUUUUUUGCCCGUUCGAGAGAGUGGACAGGAAAAAAACGGGGAAGGAGGCGAGACGAAAUCCGCGAGAGAACGAAAGGAGAAAUCACAAUACACCAAGGGAGGUCGGCACGGAAAGUCGGCGCGGCGCGAGUCGAGGCGGAGAGGGAUUCCGUGGAUGCGGCGCGGUGUCCCUGCACCCGUGCGUGAAUCACGCUUCGGAGGCGCCCGUCUGUCCCCCGUUUUCGUGUACACCUUACGCUGCUAACUCGCACGACAUUGACCCGAUACGAGGACGCUGCUACGAGUUGACUAUAAUUCGCGAUCGAGGAAUACCAUAAAGGCGAGCACCCCGUCGAUUAGCUUUACGAAACUGUCACCCACGAGGAGGGGCACUCUUCCUCGGGUCCCCGUUUCAUGUCCUCCAACGCUCGUCGGAAACCUUUCCAUCCGUGCUCGUGAUACAGGGAGCCGGUAUCGGAAACAUUGGUCAGACAACGGUCUGGAUCGUAAAGCAAAAAGUCACCUCUCCUCGUGAUAAUAGGAGUGAAUGGCUCUUCGAAUCUUAUGCUCCCAGCAGACAAGCUGGUGGUGGUCUUGUCAACAAAAUAGAUUCGGUAUUCACUGUGAUUCAAACCCUUAGUAUUUCUUCUUUCGGAGUAUUAUCAGAACGUCAACACGAGGACCGAGCCAGUCGUGUGGGCAGGAGGCAAAACAGAGUAAUACAAGUGUUUUAAGGAAGGAAGCACAGUUGCCUGCAACAUAGAAUAGACUGGCAACAAAGGGACAGAAGCAAAGACAACAUGUCAGAUGAAGAAGACAAACCCCCUGCACCUCCUGUGCGACUCACUUCGAACAGGGGUGAAUUAGCACCUAAUUUACCAGUGGACAUGCGUCCAUUGCCAAAAGAACCUGAUUCUGAUGAACGUAAGAAAAAAACAUUAAAAAGCAAAAUGAAGGUUAAAGAGAACAAGGACAAACCCAACAUCAGUUAUCCCACCAAUUUUGAACACACAGUACAUGUUGGAUUCGAUGCAGUCACUGGCGAAUUUACGGGAAUGCCAGAAGCGUGGGCAAGGCUGCUCAUGUCCAGCAACAUCAGUAAACAGGAGCAGAAGAAGAAUCCGCAGGCUGUAUUAGAUGUAUUAAACUGGUAUGAUAGUAGCAGUAAAGAAACAAAAGGUUCUAAGUACAUGACAACAACAAAAAUGGUUGGAGUAGUUGCUCCCAUUGAAAGAGCGAGUAGUCCUAGAAGCAUGGGUAUAGGUGUUGGUACAGGAGUGGGAAGUAUUCGUGGGCAAGCAAUGUCACAAGCUUCUGGAAGUUCCCAUUCGCAGCAUUCGCUCAGCAGAGUUAGUAGCAGUAGUCCGAGUAGUACGCCAACAGACGCUUGCGCAACUAGUUCUGAACAAGAGGAUGAACCUCCGCCACCGCCGAUUUCUGCAAGACCGGAACGUACAAAAUCAAUUUAUACAAAGCCUAUAGAAGAAGAACCACCGCCGCCGAUAACUACCACGCUAGGUUCACCUCAACGGAAUGGAACACCGCAACAACCGCAUCAAUCGCAACUGGAUAGAAACAAAAAUCAAGCAACUCCUACAUCGACAACGACCGAUCAAACGAGACCGGCGCAAAGCGACAAAGCUAGAAAGAAAAAAAUGUCGGACGACGAAAUAUUAGAGAAGCUGAGAACAAUUGUAAGCGUAGGAGAUCCUAAUAGAAAGUAUACAAAAAUGGAAAAAAUAGGACAAGGUGCUUCCGGAACCGUAUAUACGGCGAUUGAAACAUCGACAGGGAUGGAAGUCGCGAUAAAACAGAUGAAUCUUUCACAGCAACCGAAGAAAGAGCUGAUAAUAAAUGAAAUAUUAGUAAUGCGGGAGAACAAACAUCCGAAUGUUGUGAAUUAUUUGGACAGUUACCUCGUAGGGGAAGAAUUAUGGGUAGUCAUGGAAUAUUUGCCCGGUGGUAGUUUGACAGACGUUGUGACUGAGACUUGUAUGGACGAGGGUCAAAUAGCAGCUGUAUGUAGAGAAGUUCUACAAGCUUUGGAGUUCCUUCACUGUAAUCAAGUUAUACACAGAGACAUUAAAUCUGACAAUAUCCUGCUUGGAUUAGACGGCGGGGUGAAACUAACAGACUUCGGAUUUUGUGCGCAAAUCUCGCCGGAACAAAGUAAACGGACUACCAUGGUUGGUACACCAUAUUGGAUGGCACCGGAAGUAGUUACAAGAAAACAGUACGGUCCGAAGGUUGAUAUUUGGUCGUUGGGUAUAAUGGCCAUAGAAAUGAUCGAAGGAGAACCACCAUAUUUAAAUGAAAAUCCAUUGAGGGCGCUGUAUUUGAUUGCAACAAAUGGCAAGCCUGAAAUUAAAGAGAAGGAGAAAUUAUCGGCAAUUUUUCAAGACUUCUUGGAUCAAUGUCUAGAAGUUGAAGUGGAGAAACGAUCGGCAGCUUCAGAACUACUCAAGCAUCCUUUUCUGAAACUAGCAAGGCCGCUUGCUUCCUUAACACCUUUAAUAAUGGCAGCAAAGGAAGCCGCGAAAGGUCAUUAACGGCGGAAUUCUUAUUGGCGUUUCUGGCCAUGCAGCAUGACCAGAAUGAUUAAGUUUGCGAGUAAAAAGAUGAAUCACCCUCCCAAAACGGAACGGCACAAUAAUUCAAUAAUAUAU